UGCCUUAAUCAUCUUUAUGAUAAAUUUACCUGUAAUAAUUUUAUUAAAUACCUUUAUAUACACCGUCAAAUCCAAAUGAUAUUAACUAUCGCUGGUUCGCUUUCUGUCUUUUCUCAACAAACUUCCUUGAAAAAAAAAAUUAAAGUCUCCAUAAUUAGCAUCUUCUUGAUUAGUUCGAUGACCAACAAUAUAUAUCAUUUUUGCAUGAAAUUGAUUGUCUAUAUUACAAACACUUUGUCUUCUCUCAUCAACCCUAAUGUUAAAUUGAUGUAUUGA